AUGCAACUUUCCAAUAGCCAAUUCAUAAUAUAUGGGUUUUUAUUAUCUAUAAGUUAUUCAAACAAUAUCACAUGGGUAACAGUGAACUGUGUGUGUUUUAACAGUUAUCGAGGAUUACGACCGAAUCAACAAGGCUGUCAACUCACAGAGCCGCUAAUAUGUCGCCGCCUCGCCGCCUCGCCGCCUCGCCUCAACUCGAGAUAUAUAGACCAAAAAACUCGCGACUUGCGACAACUCCCCUCAUAAUCCGACUGAUGGCUCCCUCAGCCACUGCUCCCGAUGCACUGGCUGCACUUGAUGAGAUUAAAGCGCCGGCAGGAGUUGUGUUACCUCCAAAAGAAAUCAAAGCCAUCCUAGAGAAGACCGCAGGCUACGUCUCGCGAAACGGCGCAGUCUUUGAAGAUCGCAUCCGCGAGAAAGAGAAGCACAACCCGAAAUUUUCCUUCCUAAGCGCAAACGACGCAUACAACGCCUACUACCUAUGGAGAUUGAGUGAGAUCAGAGAAGGGAGAGGCAAUGUUGUAGCAGCGGGUCGCGCUGGAGAGGUGGCCGCCGAGGCAGAGAAGCCGAAAGGGCCUCCGGAGCCUCCUGAGUUCAACUUUUCCGCAAAGAUGCCCAAUAUCAGCGCGCAGGAUCUCGAGGUCGUGAAGUUGACGGCGCUUUUUGUCUCGAAGAAUGGGAGGCAGUUUGUGACCACAUUAUCGCAGAGGGAGGCGGGAAAUUACCAGUUCGACUUCCUUCGCCCAAAUCACAGUUUACACAAUUUCUUCCAACGGCUGGUGGACCAAUAUACGGCGUUAUUACGGGCAGGUGGAAUGGAUGGGGAUGGAGGCAAACUCCAACAGGAGCGGAUACAAGAGUUGGAGCGCAACGUAAAGGACAAAUUCAACGUCCUUGGACGGGCAAAGCAACGCGCGGAAUGGUUUAAGUUCCAGGACGAGCAGAAGGUGAAGAAGGAGGAGGAGGCCGAGAAGGAGAAGCUCAGCUACGCACAAAUUGACUGGCACGAUUUCGUUGUCGUCGAGACCGUCGUCUUCACCGAAGCCGACGACCAAGCCGUCCUCCCACCUCCAACCUCGCUAUCAGAGCUCCAAUUCGCAUCUCUAGACCAGAAGGCACACAUGUCCAUAAACCACAACCUACGCAUCGAGGAAUCCUUCCCAUCAGAAGAGGACUCGUACUAUAACGCCUACCAAGCCCAACAGUCACCACAGGUCCACCAAAUGGCACCACCUCCCGCCCCAGUACCACAGCAGUAUCCUCCACAGGCCCCGGCCUUCCGCACCAAAUCAACGGAACAGGAGGAUGAAGAAGAGACACGCAUCCGCGAGCGCACCGAAGCUCGCGAGCGUGUACAGGCCGCACAAGCCCAAGCCAAGGGCGGCGCCGCUGCACCGAUGAAGAUCAAGGAGAACUACAUCCCCCGCGCGGCGCAGCGAGCAGCGAAUAAGAACGCACAGAUGGCGCUGUGUCCUAACUGCAAGCAUCAGAUUCCAUAUAGCGAACUCGAUGAGCACAUGAGAAUCGAGCUCCUCGACCCCCGCUGGAAAGAGCAGAAGUCGAAAUCCGACGCGCGCUACGCGACCACGAACCUGUGGAACAACGACGCGGCGAACAACCUCAAGCGGCUGGCGUCGCAGCGGCCGGACAUGUUUGAUAGCGUGACGGGGCAGGCGCUGAGUGAGGAGGAGGAGGCGAGGAGGAAGAAGGCUGCGAUUAGUUAUGAUGGGAAUCCGGAGGGUAAGGAUGCUGGGAGGAUGGCGGCGGGGAUGCAGAAUGUCAAUGUGGAUGAGCAGAUUCGGAAUAUUCAUUUGAAGUUUGCGGAGAGGAAGUAGGGGGGGCUAGAUA